CCCGCAUAACACGGCGCUCCGCGCCUUUGUGGUGGCCGACCAGCUGGAGUGGAUCCUGUCGCUGUUCCAGGACAUGCCUCGGGUCGGCCUGGUGCCGGACGUGACCACUUAUGUUCACGUCAUCGCCGCCUGCGAGAGCGCGGGGCAGUGGCAGCUGGCGCUUCGGUACUUCGCGGACAUGCGCGGGGCCGGUCUGCAGCUUGACGAGCGCGCCUGCAGCGCCGUCCUCCGUGCGUGCGCGCAGGGAGACCAGUGGCAGUGGGCCGUGCACGCCGUCACGGACCUGCGGGCGCAGGGCGUCACCCCCGCCCGCGACACUUUCGAAGCCGCGAUCGCGAUCUGCAGGAGGUGCGGGCAGGCGGACUGGGCGGAGUCGCUCUCGGCGCAGGCGCGGGAGGCGCCCCACCAACCGCCCAGGCCCAGCGGCCCCGCGCGGGGCCCACGGACGGCGAUGAAGCAGGCGCGUCCCGAGGGGGGCAGGACCUCACAAGAGGCUUCUCGACGCGCUCGGGCUCUGGGGGACCCCCCUGGGGGCCCCGGGGCAAUCAAGAGUGCUCUGGCGCCUGCUGUGGCGCUCGCGUCCAGCGCGGCCGUUUCCAAGGAGAGGACGGACAUGGUUACCCGGGUGGCAAAAUUGAGUUACUCACUGAAGUGGCGACGCUUUUGCGAUUCCUACGGGUCCCGCAAGUACGAUCCCGAAUUCCAUGCGGAUAGCUUCCUGCGAGCAUUCCUGCAGAACCGAAGGCCUGGAAAAGAGACCAAACCGCCGAUCUUCGAAUUGAAAGAGACGGAGCGCGAGAGCUCCCCGUGGUUAUACAAGUUAAAGGGCCUGUUGCUCUCCAACCGUGCGGUGGAGAAGUUCAGAUGGUACGCUUACUGCACGGUCUUCGAGCAGCCCCGAGAGGAAACGUAUUUUUCUGAGCUUAAUCCGGAUACGCGCGACGAAUCGUUCAUACAAGGCUUCUUCGAGAUGCUCGAAGCUUGGCCGACGGAUCUGGCCGAUCAGGGCGUGGAGGUUGACAUCGGGGAGUACGAGCUCCUUGCCAUGAGGGUGCUCGAGAUGCAAGAGUAUGGGACCGCCAAGGACAGGCUCAGGUGGCAACGGUUUUGCACGGUCGUCUCCGGCGGCAAGAGGCAUCCCAUCAUCCACCACGACCUCCAGUCUUUGCAGCAGUUCUUCGCGGAGGGCGCGGCCGCGGACGUGGAAGAGGAGGCCGAGGAGCCUGGCGACCAGAACAGCGCGAAGGAGGAGCCGUCAGAGCCGCGUAGCAUCGAGGAUAUUUGCUGGGAGCUGGCGCAGUACAAGGACCCGUCGCUGCUGUUCCAGGAGGCCGUGGACAAUGGCACCUUCUGCCCGUGGUUGACGCCGCAGGUCCUGGACCUUCACAACCUGAGCGUGGACGUGGCCAAGGUGGCGUGCUGGACCAGGCUGAACGAGCUCCUGCUCCUCCCAGAGCACGACGGGCAGCUCAGCGAUGGCUUGUUGGUUAUCGUCGGCAAGGGGCUGCACAGCGGCGAGGAGGGGCGGAAGCUGGCCCCCUCGGUUCACCAGUUCCUGACGGAGAGCUUCCUGUUCAGCCUGCCGCCGCUGGAUCUCGAGGCGGGCCACAUCAAGCUCCCAGCGGCUGAAAUCCGCCGCGUGCACAAGUCUCAUCCGUAUUUCGUGUCCGAGCGCGAGAAGGUGGCCCUCGCGGCCUGA